UUAUUCUCUAAAGGUUCUGAUGACACGCUAAGGAUCUAAAAAUAGAAGUAGAAAAAUAGGAUAUCUUUUAAAAAUAUUAAAAGGAUAUCUUUUAAAAAAUACAAUUGCUAUUGACGAGAACUACAACCAUGGCUCCUAUUUUACUGAACAGAAUGGGAAAUGAACACAGUGAUUACAUUCAACAGGUGGAGUAUGUGAAGAACCCUCAUCUGGACAGCAUGGAAGAGGACAUCCUGUACCACUUCAACCUGGGCACCAAGACCCAUGACCUGCCCCAGAUGUUUGGAGAUGUGAAGUUUGUUUGUGUUGGCGGAAGUCCCAAUCGGAUGAGAUCUUUUGCCCAGUUUAUCCAUGAGGAGCUGGAGCUGCCCAGCAACAUCGCAGACAUCAGAGAUAUCUGUGAAGGAACAGACCGGUAUUCCAUGUAUAAAGUGGGACCUGUGCUGUCCAUUAGUCAUGGCAUGGGCGUUCCCUCAAUCUCCAUCAUGUUGCAUGAGCUCAUUAAAUUGCUCUAUCAUGCUCGCUGUCGAGAUGUCGUCAUCUUUCGCAUUGGCACGUCCGGCGGAGUUGGUCUGCCUGCAGGUACCGUAGUGAUCACAGAUAAAGCUGUAGACUCGUUCUUCAGGCCACAGUUUGAGCAGGUGGUUUUGGGAAAGGUAAUCAUCAGGAGCACAGAGCUAGAUGUGGAUGUGGCCAAAGAGCUGCUGCAGUACUCCUCAGAGCUUCCUAAUAUCCCCACUGUUAUCGGAAACACAAUGUGCACACAUGACUUCUAUGAAGGUCAAGGGCGACUGGAUGGAGCCCUGUGCUCAUUUUCCACUGAAGAAAAAUGGGAAUAUCUGAGAAAAGCCAGUGAAGCAGGCGUCAGGAACAUUGAGAUGGAGUCCACGGUCUUCGCUGCCAUGUGUCGUGUCUGCAAUCUUAAAGCUGCAGUAGUGUGUGUGACUCUGCUGAACCGGUUUGAGGGGGAUCAAAUAUCUACACCUCACGAUGUUCUCCUGGAAUAUCAGCAGAGACCGCAGUGCCUGGUGGCUCAUUUCAUCAAGAAACGCCUUGGACUUAUCCCAUAAAACCCUGUAAUGAUUUACAGUGUAUAUAAUACUGUUCAUAGUGUCUAUGUGUUAUUUAAAGGUGACUUUCACAUUCUCACACCAUCUUCAGUGGACUUCCUUACAUAUUAUCUCACUUUACACGUUACUAGUACUAGUACUAAAACAGCUUGUGUGUAUUUUAAAUUGUAAAUUAAAUAUAUAUAUAUAUAUAUAUAUACUGGAAAGCUUUUUGUUGUUUUUGUUGUUUUUUAAUUACAUAAAGUGAGUUUUCACACUGACCUUUUACACUGUACCAAUAAAAAUAAAAUAUUCUUUAGAUUGUUUAUGCUAAGCGUUCAUGUAGUAACAUGAUUGUUGAUGGUAGCUUUGGUGUCUAAGCAGAAAUAAACUAAUCUAAAUAAAGUAUAUGUUAAGGUAA